AUGUCGAGUUACGCUCCAGGAUCUUUAUUACAAACAAUAUUGGGGUCAAAAUCUUUAGAGAUUAAUAGUGAUCUCGAUUCUUUGUUUAAAAACAGCGCAGGACCAACUCAACAACUACCCACAAAUGGCGAAAAGCAGCUUAAACGAAAACGUUCGGUUAAAGGCUCAGAGUCUCAAAAGAGAACCAAAGUUAUAGAAGACGUUGAAUCCAAUUCUGCUAGUACCAAUAAGAAAAUUACCGAGUUGGAUAAAAGUGUUUAUGCUGAAACGGAAGAUUCAACUAACUUAAAAACAACGGAACUUGAUGAUAAUGAUCGAUGUAAAAAAGAACUGCCAAAAGAAGAUCCUGAACGCUUGCAAAGAACGAUCUUUGUGGGGAAUUUACCAAUUUCGGUAACUCUAAAGGCCAAUAAUAAAAAGUUAAAAGCCCUUUUUUCUCAAUUCGGGAAAAUCGAAAGUGUACGAUUUCGCUCAAUCGCAUUUUCCGAGUUGCUUCCUCGUAAGCUUGCCUUUAUUACUGGCAAACUUCAUCCUGAGAGAGAUGUUCUAAACGCCUACAUUGUAUAUAAAGAACUAUCAUCCGUACAAAAUGCCAUUACUAUGAAUGCUCAAAUGUUUAUGGAAAAGCACCUUCGAGUUGAUUCCGUAGCUAACCCACAAAAUCAUGACAGAAGGCGAACUGUAUUCAUCGGAAAUAUGUCUUUUGAUGCACAAGAGGAAGAGUUAUGGGUACAAUUUGAAAGUUGCGGGGAAAUCGAAAAUGUUAGAAUCGUAAGGGAUAAUAAAACCAAUGUUGGAAAAGGAUUUGCAUAUGUACAAUUUAAGGAACGCGCUUCCGUUGAAUUUGCUCUCAAGCUAAAUGACACAAAACUUGGCAAUCGAAAUAUCCGAGUGACAAGAUGUGCAAAAGCAAAACAUGUUAGUAAACUGGCUUCAAAUAAACCUGCCAAAGGCAAGCCAAAAAUUGGGAAUGUGAAAUUUGGAAAGAAAUUAAUUGAAGGUAUUCGUGCGAAUAAUGAAUUGUCUUCGAAUAAACUUGGAAAAAGUAAGUCAAGUCAAGGUACCCGUGCAAAGAAAGGUAAAAAAGCUCCAAGAAUUCGUACAAGAACACAAGCUUGGAAGAAGACUCAAAAACAAAGCAGAACAUAA